AGUAGUCAGCUGCCACACCGCCGCGAGGAGUUGGCUCUGGCUCAAUUGCACCCCAUGUUUGAUCCACAAGGGUGGUCUAGGUCGGUCACAAACAACGUGUACAACAGCGCUGUGUGUGCCCUGAGCUUAGCUGGAGACGUUAGUACAGCGAACGCGCUGCGGGCAGACAUGGCCUCGCAGGGGUUGGUAGUGUCACUGGAGGCGUACAGGUCUCUCAUGUAUGUGUACGGACAACUGGGCAGGCCAGAUGAUGCCGAAGCGCUGUUCACGGAGUACCAACGAUUGGAGAAAGCAGCUCCCAUUGCACGGCAGCAAUGCAUGGUGGGUAGGGAGAGUGCCUACCACGUGUACGAAAUGGUUGUGCAGGUGCUGCUACAGCACGGGCACACGAAACGGGCCAUGGAGCGAGUACGUGAGCUGGCGGAGGAGAGGAUGACCAUGACACCUGCGCGGGUGGUGUCUAUGCUGCGUGCGUGCGAGGGGCAGAAGAGCAUAAACAUUCCUGUUUUAUUGUCUGAUAUGGCGGCUGCGCUGAAGAGUGAUCCUUGGGAACGCGCGGCGAGGCUGGAGGCAUCGACGGCCACACUUGACACCAGUACAAGAAAUACAAACACCGACCAACCCAACAAAUCCGUUGACGAUAUGAGACGGCUGUUGAACAUCAAAACCACGGGAGAGCGUGAGAAAGCCGGAAGCCUGGGGCUGACUAGAGUGGAUGUACAUCAUGUGGAUGUGCUUAUGAACGACCCCCUGGUGCUCAAUACGGCGCUGCAGUUGUGCUACAUCAAUGGGAGCCAGAUGUACGCUGCGGCUAUCACACGGAGUAUGAAGUCUGCGGGGAUUAUGCCGUCGCUGUACACGUAUAAUGUCAAGCUUAGGGAGCAGCUGAGGCUGGAUGAGGUUGCCUUUGACCCACUUCCGCCUCUGGAGGUGUACAAGAUCGCCAAGUCGGAGGUCAUUGGCUGGGUUCCAGAUGAGAGAUUGAAAAUGCUGGUACGCAAGUUUGAGGCUAAGGCAAAUAGUACCGAAGUGCAAGCUGUUAGCGCUGCAGGCCCGGUUUUAGGGGCGAAGGGGUUUGCGCGCACCCUGCAGCUAUAUCAGGAGGUCAAACGCAUGCGCUUAGAACCCAACAGCACAACGCUGGAGAUAGUGGCCAUGGCCCAUGUGGGAAUGCGCCAGUACACAGUAGCCCUAGACAUGCUGGAACAGAUAGACGAUACGGCGGCUAAACAUGCCAAGGACAAGAAUCCACGUGUGCGCGUACACGCACAAACACACACAGGUGCAUCGGCGCUCGUCUCACAGCUGGCUAAGCAGUCAAGUUCCGUCGCCGAGGCAACGCUUGUGCCUGACACGAGUGCGGAGGGUAUUGUGGCGUUCUGGACACGGCAUUACCUGAAGCACAUUCUAUGGGACUACAGACAUGGCCAGGCGGGGAGCCAGAGCACGAAAUAUAUGCUGAAGUUGUUUGAGAGUGAGCAUCUGCCGCUGAAACCAGGCACGCUCCAUCCCAUACUGGACGCACUAGCCCACCAUGGCGAUCAUGAAGCCGUUUCAUCCGCCAUGGACAUAUGCGAAAAGAGAGGCCUGGCGCCUACGAACAACAUGUAUCACUCACUUGUGGUGGCCAUCGCAAACGCCAAGCCCACGCGAGUGUCCGAUCUGCUGAAGACGUUGGAAGACAUGCACCUGCGAGACGUGCCCGUCCUACCGCAAACCAUUAACAGCGUAUGCAGUGCAUUCAGUGAGCGUGGGAUAUCGCUGGACGCCCACGUGGUGGCUCUGAUGGCGCAUAUGCAAGAGUUGCGGCCUGUACCCGGGGUUUCUGGGGAGGAACUCGUGGCUGAACGCAUCUUCCAGCACGAGAGAGACGCAGCGUAUAGCCAAGCAUUGAAUACGUAUCUGCAGCACAACGAGUACUACAUGGUGGAUGUGUUGUUUGCCCAGUAUUGCAAGCAAAAGGGCCAUAAGCUGCCCGCGGUGUUGGAGGAGAAAGUCGCACAUGUGUACGGACGAAAGGCUUACGGCUGGGGAGUGCUAGACAGCCGAGGGAAGAAGUACGUGCGGUUUGGUGAUACUGAGCAGUAUCUGGACGCUACCAAACGCGCGUUGCAGACGGCAAUCAACAGGAGCUCCAGACACACAUGGCAUAGCAAUCUGGAGCGGGUGCACGAGCAAGCACGGAUAUUAGCCACCGUGCCUGUCCGUCUACGUUCGGAGAACGAAGUCGAACGAGAACAGCCACUCGGCGCAAACGGACAAGCCCAUACUCGCAACCUCAGCGAUGCCCACAAGAACGGCCUACCGGCGCCUACUUCGGGAAAAGCCCGUGAAGUGGCUAUGUUGUGUGGUAAGGCGCUUGAGUGCCACCACUAUUGCAUCAACUUCACGGCCAGUAUGCUUGGCCAACUGGGAAAGUGGGAGGAAGCCCUCGGUCUGGUGCAGCAUGUACGGCUGCUCAACUCUUUGCAUGCGGGAGUUAACUACUCGCAUAUCCAGGCGCAGAAGGUGUUGGCUGCCGCGCAGCAUCAUGCGGUGUUGGCGUGCACACAGGCCGAGAGAUUCGAGGAUGCACUGCGCAUUGUCGCCGACAUGCAGAAGCAGCUGGGAGGGAAGGGCAGGUCGAUCUGGAGUCUGAGCAACAUGCAGAAUACCUACUUUGCGGGGAACGUCGUCACAGCGUACAGACGCGCGGGUAAGCUUUCGCAUUUGGUGGCCGUAUAUGCACAGGCCUUCCAGCAGCGAGUGCCGGUGGGGAGUCCAUACACGGGUAUGGGUGCAACGCCGAACGAUCGGGGUGUAGGGCAUCUCCCGGGUGUGCAGGCGACACAUGGUGAGCACAGACAGAGACGUCUCACGGAGGCAGAGAAAUUGGCCCCUAUCAACGUGCUACUGCGCACACGCCAGUACGACAAGAUACAUAUCAGACCGGCAGCUACAGACCAUCAAAUGAAGGCUGCGCUGCUUCUCGCUGAUGGGAUUACGGAUGCUCGUGCGGACGAUUUGUACCACGUGAUUCUUCCUUCCAUGGCUGCGGGGGUGGCAUCAGGCACACAGGCAGAUACAGCGACAAUGAAGAACACCGCGUCGCGUGUGCGUGUUUUACAAUUGCUGGUGGAUGCGUCCAUGCAUGAAUACAGUGGUGUGGCAAGGCUCAUUGAAGAAACCAAAAGACUGGCACAGGCACUGGAGUCAUGUGCAACGUCGGAACAGGCUUGGCGUAUGAUGGGCGUUCCGGUAGCGAGCCAAAUUCACACCGUCCGCAUAAGCGAUCUCAGGCGCGUGGACAUCGAGGGGUUGUUCGAUAUACUACAGCGGCAGAAGCACUGGUCGCGCAUAACUGCGCUGCGCUUGCUACUCAGUAGCCCGAGGGCCAGCCGUGCACUCAUGCCGCGGUAUACGUUACUGGAUGCAUUUUAUUCGUCGAAGCUACCGGAACAGGCCUCCCAAUACAUCAGCAACAAGCUGGAUAUCAACCGAGAGACUUUGGUUGCGCUGGACCACACACAGAUGCUACUCGACACAACCAAAGUAUGUUGGAAACAUGCGGCGUUUCAGGACGUGCUCAACGCAUUCGAGGUCUUCGAGAGCGGCAUGCAGCGCGAGGGCUUUCUGCACGCUGCACAGGAGUCUACGAAAGUAGGUGGGGUGCUGAAGGAGUCCGAUACAGCACCAAACGGGAGCGACACGACAAGACUAGACCUCGGUGGCAGACCAAGUGCUGCGGCGUUGCGCAACAGUGAGCUGGGCAACACCACCAUGCACUACCUACUGAUGGCGUGUGGCAAUGUGCCACGACGGGACAACGAGCAUGCGCGUGGGGUGAUGGCCAUUGCGUCGCGCUUGUUGCAUCAGCUGCGCUUGCUGGAUCAGAGUGUGGGGAGUAUUGCGGAGGCGCAGCAGACGGACGUCACGGGCAUUAAGGGUUUAGUGGAGAUGUUUGCACACGCAGGCACGCACGAGCAGCGGCAGAAUCUGUGCUAUUAUCUCAUGGCCACCAACAGCGCGUUUAAGGCGGAUACGCUAGCGAUGCAGUCAGCGGCGUUGGGGGCGCAAUUUAAGACUGGGCCUAUAGGCUCCAGGCACAGGCAAGGCGGGCAGGGCCUGCGGCAACGAAGGGAUAUGGCGAAAGAAGCUGCAGAACCCAAUCUCUCCGUGAAAGAAACCAACGCGCAGAGGAUGGAUGCGCUGAUGCGAACGGUACGCGGGGGUGGUGCAGGUGCAUCUCAUACAGAGGACGGCUCGCAGACACACCCCCCACCCCACUUAUACGACCGCGCAAGUGCGCGAUGGCAGGGGUUGCUGGAUCUGACCAAGGCCAUGGUAGCCGAUGGGGUGCUGCCCACGCCACACAUCCUCACCACAGCACUCUACAGUACCGUGCGCAGUGGCCGCACGAGCGAGACAAUGUGGCUGUUGGAUAGCGUGUUGAAGUCCAAAAACCAUUUGCGAAGCGCCGCGGGCGCGAUGCAGAAUGGCAGCGACGCGAGGAAGCGCCUGUUGUAUAGCGUCCUGGCCAAAUUAAGCAAAGGCAUGGAUUUGGCGGACGAGCUUGCUGGCGGGUCUAGUAUUGACGGUGCACCACCACGUGCACAUCCCAGCGGAGAGACGACAUUCAUAACACCACUAAUGCAGAGCAUACCCACAGUGUUCACAGAUGCCGACAUGCCGCGUGCAUACGACCCCACCCAGACCAGGCUGGAGCUGCCGUCGUGGGUGGUUGCAGCGUACGAUAUCUCGUUGUAUGUGUGUGAGCAACUGCUGCUGGCGGGAGAUGGCGAGGCUGUUUUGCAGCUCAUUCCUCAGCACGGACGCACAGGCUUACACUACGGACGAGCCAUUCGCCUGUGCGCCAAGACGGGCGAAUAUGACCGAGCCCUCGGCUUGUACGAGGAGAUGAACCGCUUGGGCAUACGCACAGAUCAACUCACGUACAACAGUGUGCUGCACACGGCCAACCAAUCGAUGUGUUCGUUGGACUACUGCAAAGAUGUGUUGGAUGUAGCUACACGUGCGCACACACGGGAGGACAGCCGCAUAGGCUUGGGUGGGAGAGGGGACGGGGUCACAUACAUCGCACCCACCAUCGAGACCUGCAGUGUUCUUAUCAAAUCGUUCGCUCAAGCGCAUCGUUUGGAUGAGUUCAUGCCGUAUCUGCGCGGUUUGUGCGAUCGAGCAUUGGGUGUGCACAGUGGUCCUGAUGAUACCAUAGUCAGUGGUACUAGCGACACCAGCACAGCUGUCGGUGGUUCAAUGGAGGGAGUUACAGACACGCACACCUCUGCAUCAUCGGACAGGGCUGUGAAUUCAGAUAGCAUUGUCGCCCAAUUAGGUACCGGUAGCAUGCGCCGCUUAUACAAAGAGUUGUUCAACGAGUACGCGGCCCAGAAUGAACUGCACAAGUCGGUGGCAUUGCUUGAUGACAUGAAGGCACUCAAACUCAAUCCCUCACAAACCAUGUACACGCGGCUGUUUCAGCUGUGCAAAACAUGCGAGGAUAUGCAUGUGGCCGAAAGAUUUGCGGACCACAUACUCAGCCGGGCAAAGCGGACAACCUUUCCCGUAGUCUUGUACGAUUCCCUUAUCAAUACACUGGGUGGCAAUCCCUAUAUGUUCGGAAAGUAUGAUUUGCAGAUCCCCGUGGAGGGACUCAAGUAUGCUAAGCUGAAGCAUUCCCCCUCCCAGACACACACUUCAGUCACGGACGUACGUGCAGAUACACAGGCAGGCCCUGACAUGGCACCAAUCCAUGCUACUAAUUCGGUGAGGGAGCCCCAAUUAGAGACCCCCGCGACCAUUGCGGCCAAGGAUAACCUUAAACCACAGGAUAUACCCACACGAUUAGAUGAUACACACGCCAUACAGCUGACCGACGUACCACAACACGCACCUGCGCAACAUCAACAUGACAACGUGCGCGCGAAGCGGGCGGCGUUGCGAGUCUUCCGCUUCGCCGUGGGCAAGCACAGUAGUGCGUCUCAGUUCUACAAGUCAAUCAUAGGCGCAUGGUACCGCCCGGAUAAGGGAGACCGAGUGUUGCUGUGCGAGAGUAUACUUAUGCAAGCGUUCGACGAGCGAAUUUACCCCACACACGCUAAACCAAACCAUUUCGACUACCACUACUUGUCUGGCCAACAAGCGUUGGUUUACACUGGGCUGUUGCUGAAAAGCAUUGCCACGAGUGCACUGGAGGGCUACAGGGACCGUGAUCACGCCUGGUGGAAUGAACAAUUUGCACGUAGCGACACUCCAACCCUAGAGAAGCCCAUACAGUCAGGUGACGAUGGACAAUUAUACAGGAAUGAUAGCACAGUAUCUACAGCGAUUGAUCUGACAAUAGCCGAGUAUGAGGAUUGGCGGAAUGCACACGACCGCUAUGUAGAAAGCACAAUGACUGCUCUCAUGCACAGCCUUCGGGAGAAAGGGGAGGAUAUAGAACUCAUCACCGGGGGUUCUAGGACACGAACCGGUAAACCUGUAUUGAAACAGGCCAUAUGUUUGGCCCUUGAAAGACAUGGAAUGGCCAUGGAUGGUGUGAAUGUGCAGGGGGGUGGUGUCAGGAUCGAAAACGAGACGGUCUGGCAAUGGCUGCGGACACUGCAGGAGACGGGAUAAAAGGUGCACGACUAACAUGUGUGGCUAGAGGAGUCUUGCAAAGGGGUCGUGAAGUACAAAAGCUUUGUUGGUCAACCUAUGGAUAUUCACGAGCGCAUGCUAUUGAUGUGGUGAAUGUACACUAAACCUUAUUGGAGUACACGCAUGGUUUAACGCGGGGGUCUAAACUAAACACGAACUAGCGUAAACAACAAAUAGGCCUAUAACGACUCAAAGCUGAAUCCGUUUGUCGACCCCAUCCCCCCCCAAGCAGUCACCUGUACCGUGAGAUGGUACACACUAUUGGCACCAAUCAGCAUUUAAUAUGGUCAUAAAAUGUGGGAAA